ACUCCUUCAACAUCAUACACUCGACAUCUUACACAGCAUGGCUCCCUCACGCUUCGAUCACGGUACAAUUGGUACCAGCUACAGCAGCAUUCACUCUGCCGAUGCAUUCGUUGGUGACUACCAGGUCAUGUACACGCCUGGCAACUCUCCUCCCACCCACCGGCCCCAGAAGAAAUCAACUCGCUUCAGUAGAGCAGUCUCCACGAAGUCCCAAAACAGCCAGUCCUUCAUGCUGCCAACCAACAUACCAAACACCUCUCAAAUCCUCGCGGAUCACGGCUCUCUCCCCAAUGUGCAGAUCCGUUACACGAUCCCAGCCGAUGAAAAACAAAUAGUCGCGUCCCUCCGAACUCUGCAGCGUGACCUCAACGAAGCUAUGAACACUAUUAACACCCUGACUCGCGAGCGCGAUGAAGCCCUCCUCGAGCUUAGGCUGCUCCACGCUUCGUCCAAGAAAACAUCAACCUCGGUGAAGAGAAACAAAGCCUCGACGCGUGUGGAGGAAGAGCUCUUCGAUUUAAGCCGCUCAUUCGAGUCUCCUAAGAGAUCUCCAGCCAGACGCGCUUCCAACAGAGACCUUCCCACCGAUUCGCACCCAGGCCAAGCCGCAAAGACGACAGACUCGAACGAUGCACGAGUCUUGUCCCCGGUCCCGAUCAACAGACCCAACUCACCAUUAUCCGAGAGACGAACAACCUCCAGAUUCGGUGGCGACCAGCAUAAGUCCCAGUCUUACAAGAAAUCCGCCCUCAACGAUACUGAGAACAGCAUCAUGGAAGACCCCACCGCGGCAUCGAACACUUCCCGUCGUCGCCGCCGUGUUUCUCUCGACGAAAACAUGACCUCUGCAUACAUUCUGCCCGACAUCACUGUCAACAACCCUCAGCCCUCAAAGCCCGCAAAGGCAAAAAAUCAAGCCCAAGUCUCUCAAGAAGCACAAAACGUCCUGCACCGCCACGACCCAGAGCAUCUCGACAACUGCGCUGUAUGCCAGCGCUUGACCGCCCAGAAGGCAACAAAACACGUCACCCACGCUGCCGAAUGUCAGACUCAGACUCACUUUCAAUCUCGACGUCAGACUCGUGCCGACGAAACCGAAGAUGAAAUCGAGAACGAACUUGAUGUGGGCAGACCAGACUUUACCGCCCAAAUCACACAACUCAUGAAAAACGCCAUGCUUGACGAACCAACUCUCCGGCCCAAGAUCUCCCCGUGGAAGGCCCUUGCUAAUGUCAAGAAACUCCUGACAGACCAAUUCAACGAAGCCAAGCGCAAGCACAGUGUCGCCUGGGAGAAGUACGAUAGCAUCGAGGCGCCGCAGCACAGCAAAAAGCAUGCAGCAGCCAGCGAGGAGAUGUUCUAUUGGUCUAAAAAGAUGGAGGAGUGCAGAGUGAAUCUGGACCAGUUGCGCGAUGUCGAGGAGGGCAUGAGGGCAGAAGGCGAAAGUGAGUUAUGAUCGCAACCAACGCGGCGAUGGCGGAAGAACAACAUACGAGAUGCGGUGUGGUAUGAUUUUCGGCCUCGUAAAGGACGGCUCUUAGCUCUCCGAGGUCUUACUGAUCGAUGUAGUGACAUCAAGUGACACUGCUGUUAUGAUUGAUUGUUUGGAGUGGAGUUCAGAUUUGGUGAUAUUACAGGGGGCUAGGGUGGUUAGAGGUGUCUCGCAGACUAGGAGGGCUUCACCACAGCCCCGUCAGCGUGUAGGAAAUCUGCACAGUAAUGAUCAGGCACGAAACGUGGUUCAUUCUUGAGACGGAAGACCCCUAUGACAUGUGUUCAGUUCAC